AUGUCUAAGAAGAUGGAACGCUCUGGGAAGAAGAAGAAGAAAGUAGAGGACUCGGACGAUCAAGAUUAUAAGAAGAAAGUCUUAUUGGAUUAUUCUACGCCUGGGGUGGUGGGUAAUCUGGGGAGUGUCUCAGAGUAUGCCAAGGCUCAAAAGAUAUCGGUCGGGCGUGCCAAGAGAGAAUUGGAAAAGAAUCUUGCCUAUACCCUACACAAACCCAGAAGGCGGCGCGGUGCCUUUCAACCCGUUCUGGUGUUCGACAUGGACGAACAAUGGGUGGCCGAUCUGAUAGAAGUACAAUCGAUUGCCAAACAGAAUAAGGGAUAUCGCUAUCUUCUCACUGUCAUUGAUGUGUUAUCCAAAUAUGCGUGGGUGCAAUCGCUUAAGAAGAAGACUGGAAAAGAUGUCACCAAAGCCUUUCGACGUGUACUCACCCAAGCCGAAGGGAGAAAACCUCUUAAAUUACAAACGGAUGCGGGUAAAGAAUUUUACAACGGAACGUUUCAGGAGCUCAUGAAACGAGAGAAGAUCCAUCAUUUUUCGACGCACGGGGAUGCCAAGGCUAGCGUCGUGGAACGUUUUAAUCGCACCCUGAAAUCCAAACUCUACAGAUAUUUCACGGCCGCCAACACCCUAAGAUUCGUAGAUGUGUUACCCAAACUCGUCCAACAGUAUAAUCACACCUAUCAUAGGAGCAUAGGCAUGGCUCCUGCCAAAGUCACACUUUGGAACGUGCAAGACGUAUGGCAUCGAUUGUACGACGGACGCUUGGAAGAAGGGAAGAAACGACGUCCCGUGUUUAAAGUGGGAGAUAGGGUACGUCUCAACAAGAGAUUCAGAUCUUUUAAGAAAGGCUAUUUACCGGGAUGGACGGAGGAAGUGUUUGUCGUACGUCAAGUGGUUCCCUCUUUGGGCGUCACGACCUACAAGGUGAAAGAAUUGGACGACACUCCUUUACAGGGUACCUUUUACGCCAGGGACUUGCAAAAGGUGACAGUGGACGAAUCCUCGUUUUUUAGGGUCGAAAAAGUGUUGAAACGUACCAAAGAUAAAUUGUACGUCAAGUGGAAAGGGUAUCCUGCCAAAUACAAUAGUUGGAUCCAUAAAAACGACGUGAAAUAA